AUGGCCGUCAUUGACCAGGACACUUUCUCCAACAUCUCCUGGAACAGCGAUCAGCGCACCGACGACGAAGGCGUCAUCGCCAACGACAACAACGACAACAGCACUACAUACGACGCCGCAGCAAGCAAGACCAAGAACAGCAGCAACGUAAACAGAUCGAGGAUGGCCGACGACGACUUUGAGCAGCCGCUGUUGCCGGGCGGCGACGAACGACAGAAGGAGACACAGAAGCAGAAACAGAAGCAGAAACAGCCAGCCAGCAGCAGCAGCCGUGGCGGCGGAAGCCGAGACGCUGGUGAGAUCAACUACGACGAGCACGAUGCUGCGGCGCUUGGGCCCGAGAUCCUGCAGUGCCGCGUCUCCUCGCCGCUGACCGAGAACGAGGGCGGCAGCAACCCCUUCACCUCCUAUCUCGUGACGACAACGUCCACCUUUCCCACGUUCCAGAAGCCGACAGUGUCCGUCCGCCGCCGCUUCACCGACUUCCUGUACCUCUACAACUCCCUCUGCAGGGACUAUCCCGCCACCGCCGUGCCGCCCAUCCCGGACAAGCAGCGCAUGGUCCGCGUCACGGGCGACCGCUUUGGCCCCGACUUCACCAACCGCCGCGCCUACUCCCUGCAGCGCUUCCUCUUCCGUCUGUCGUUGCAUCCGGACCUGCGCCGCGCUCCGCUGCUGCACAUCUUCCUCGAGUCGGGCGAGUGGAAUGCCACCAUGCGCAGCCACUCGGUGCGUGUGUCGUCCGCGGACGGCAGCGGCUACGGUGCCGGUGGUGGCUACGGUGGGCCUGGCGGCGGCAGCUCGGGCGGCGGCGGCGCGGGUGGCGGCGGCAGCGAACAGGGUGUGACCAGCAGCAUGUUUGACGCCUUUGCCGACAGCUUCAUCAACGUCUUCACCAAGGUCCACCGCCUCGACCGCCGCUUCGUCGAGGUCCGCGAGAAGACCGACCGCCUCGACGACGACCUCGCCCACGUCGAAAAGGUCGUGUCCCGCGUCGUGCGCCGCGAGGCCGACCUCGAGGCCGACCUCAAGGACCUGGCCGAGCAGUUCCAGAAACUCAUCACGCUCGAGCCGGGCGUCGAAGACGCCGUGCGCGCCUUUGCCGCAUCCGUCGAGGACACCGCCGCAGGCCUGCGCGGCCUGCGCGACAUCACCGACCAGGACUACCUCAGCAGCCUGCGCGACAUGGUCGCCUACAGCGGCUCGCUCAAGAACCUGCUCAAGGCCCGCGAGCAGAAGCAGCUCGACUUUGAGCAGCUCACCGAAUACCUCAACAAAAACACGGCCGACCGCGACCAUCUGGCCCAGACGUCCGGCGGCUACUACCACAGCGGCCUGUCUGCCGGCGGGGGGUCCAGCACGCGGAGGGACAGCAGCAGCGGCGGUGGGAGUGGUGGUCUGGGCGAGAGCAGCGUGGGCGGCGGCGGCGGCGGCGCGGCGGGCGGUGCCGGCUCGUCCCACGCUGGCGGGUCUGCGUCCGCCGGCGGUGGUGUCGCCUCGUACGUCACGAGCAGCGGCGGUGGCGCGCUGGCGGGUGCCAGCGGCUUUUUGCGCAGCAAACUGGAAGACGUCCGCGGCGUCGACCACGAGCAGAGCCGGCGUGAGCGGCAGCGCAAGCUGGAGCUGCGGGUGGAGGAGCUGACGACCGAGGUAGAGCGGGCCAAGAAGACGAGCGAGUUGUUUGAUGAGGAAGUCGUCAAGGAGGUAGCCUACUUUGAGCGCAUCAAGCGCACCGAGUUCAAGAAGCAACUGGGCGGCCUGGCCGAUGCGCACAUUGCGUACUACGAUGCCGUAGCCGGCGUGUGGGAGGCCUAUGUACGGGAGAUGGAAAAGGACGGCGUGCUGGCGGUCUAG